GUAGCUGAACUAGAAGCUGAGUUUGAGAAGUUAGGUAAUGAGAAGCCACAGCAAGCAAGAUUCCUCAGAUCUCAGCAGGACCUUAAAGCCAAGAUGGAGGAGAAAGCUGCGAGGGCUGAGGCUGGCGAGGAGGAAGAAGAGGAGGAAGGUGAGGCAGCUGAAGACGUAGAUCCUUAUGAAUUAUUGGAGCCUGUCAACAUUCUAGCAGCAUUGCCUAAAGACUUCUUCGAUAAAAUUGAAGCCAAGAAAUGGCAGGAGAGAAAGGAAGUUUUAGAAGCUGUACAGAAAUUGUGUGAAAAUCCUAAGAUUGAACCGGGGGACCAUGGCCCACUUGUAAAGUCACUUAUGAAGGUUGUUGCUAAGGACACCAAUGUGAUGUUGGUUGCACUAGGUGCAAAGACCCUUGCGGGACUUGCCAAUGGCUUGAGAAAGAAGUUCAGUCCAUAUGCUUCAAAUUGUAUACAGACAUAUUUAGACAAGUUUAAGGAGAAGAAACCAAUGGUGGUUACAGCAUUACGAGAUGCAAUAGAUGCUGCUUGGCUGUCUAUUAAUUUGGAGCCUAUCACUGAAGAUGUAAUAGCAGCGUUAGAAAACAAGAACCCCAAUAUCAGGACAGAGACGGCCGCUUUCCUUGCCAGAUGUUUCUCUAGGCUAUCAAUUUCAACACUUCCAAAGAAACAACUGAAGACAUUUUGUGGCAGUUUAUUAAAGACUGCCAACGACACAGUACCAGAGGUUAGGGAAGCAUCAUUUAUGGCCCUUGGUACUGCAAUGAAGGUUGUAACCGAGAAAAAUAUCAUGGCUUAUAUGAACGAUGUGGAUAAUCUGAAGAUGCAAAAGAUCAAGGAGAGUUGUGACAAAGCUGUUCUGUUGAAUGCAAAAGGUGAGCCACGUUCUGGUGGAGCACCAAAAGCUGUCGCACCAAAAGCCGGAUCCACUGAACCAAAACCUGUGCAACGACCUGGCGCUCCACCUAAAGCUAGUGCAUCUGCAAGACCAAAGACUGCACCAGCCAAGUCUGGAGGGCCUCCAAGGGCAAAGGCAGGUGGAGCAAAAGCAAAGAAAGAUGGGUCAAAGAAAGCUUCAACCCCACAGGAAGAGAAAACAGAGAAAGUUCUAUCAGAUGAAGCUGUGAUAGAAAAAGCAACAGAACUUCUGGGUGCCGAGAUGUUGACACAGUUAGAGAACUCGAACUGGAAGGAGAGACUGGCGGGUAUGGAGAACAUGACAACAAUGUUACGUCGGAUGACUAAAGAUAUGAUACCUUGUCAAGUGUGUGUGAGAACACUAGCCAAAAAACCCGGCUUUAAGGAUAAUAAUUUCCAGGUUCUAAAGUUACGAAUUGAGCUCCUUUCACAUCUAGCCCAGAAUGCAGAGUUCACUAAAGUGUCAGCAGAAUACUGUUUACAAGACCUGGUGGAAAAGGUUGGGGAUGUGAAGAAUGGAGCAGCCGUACAAGAGGCCUUCAGUUGUAUAGCAGAAGCCAUUUCACUGGACUUUGUUGCUGGCGAGGUAAUGAGAAUGGCAUUUGCCCAGAAGAACCCAAAGAACCAAUCAGAAGCUUUGAACUGGCUUACUAAAGCUGUCACAGAAUUUGGUCUCAAUCCAUCUCCUAAAGUACAGAGGGUCCAAGUCAAACCUCAUAUCGAAAAUAUUAAGAAAGGAUUUGCACACACCAAUCCAGCAGUAAGGACAGCAGCAAUAAGUUUGUGUGUGAUCAUAUAUCAGUACAUGGGUCAACAGUUACGUAUGUUCUUUGAAGAUGAGAAGGCAGCUUUGUUACAACAGAUUGAUGCUGAGUUUGAAAAGGUUAAAGGUCAGAAACCUCCAGCACCUAUCAGGGGUUUGAAAGCUUCAGAUGCAGGUGAUGAUGAUGAUGAAGAUGAUGAUGAUAAAGGUGAUGAUGAUGGUGAUGAUAAUGCAGCUGAUCUUGUUCCAAGAAAUGAUAUUGGAGAUAGAUUUUCACAAGAGUUGAUAGAAUCUCUCGCAGAUAAGAAUUGGAAGGUGCGUGGUGAAGGACUGCAGAAGAUUAUCUCCAUCUUGACUGAGGCCAAAUUUAUAACUGGAAAUCUUGGUCCAUUGCCAGAAGCUAUCAAAGCAAGACUAGGUGAUAACAACAAGAACCUGGUAACAACAACUAUUGGUAUAUGUGUAACAUUAGCAACAAACAUGGGUAGGCACUGUAAACAGCAUAUAAAAGUAAUUGGACCUGCUCUAAUUGGUUGUCUUGGAGACAGUAAGCCUGCACUAAGGGCAGCUGCUGUAGGAGCGUUGAAUGCUUGGGUAGAUCAGACCACUUUGAUACCUCUUGCUGAAUGUGAGGCUUUUAGUGAUGCCCUGAAGCUGGAGAAUCCUAACUUAAGACAAGAGCUGUUAGGCUGGCUAAUAGAGAGAUUACCAAAUCACAAGCAAUUACCCAAGGAUGAGAUGAAACUAUGCAUACCCUAUCUACUCACCUGUUUGGAAGACAGAAAUCCUGAAGUAAGAAAGAAAGCAGGGGAAUCCCUCGUACCAUUUAUGAUACACGUAGGCUAUGACUCUGUUUUCAAGGCCACCAGUAAGUUAAAGCCAGCAUCUAAAGAUCAGAUAAUGCAGAUUAUUGAGAAAGCCAGGGAGAACCUUCCUGCCAAACAACCGAAAAAGAAGCCAGCUGAAGCAGCCCCUGUAGCGCGCAAGGCUCCGACCCCUGCAGCAUCAAAUGAUUAUGAUGAGGAGGAUGCUCCACCAAAAAAGAAAGAAAAGUCACCAACAGGAGAUGUAUCAGAACCAAAGGGUACAGCUAAAGGACCUGGAAAAACCAAGGCAAAACCAGCAUCAGCUCCAAGUAAAAGAAAGAAGGUGGAAGAGGACACUGGGCCACCAAUCAGUGUAAAUGAACCCAAAGAGAAGAGAUUUAAAGAAGAAAGGAACAUGAAGACAUUGAAAUGGAAUUUCAUGGAGCCAAAGGCAGAGUAUGUUGAACAGUUAAGGAAUCAGAUGGAGAAAAACUUCAGUAAAACAAUGAUGGACCUUCUCUUCGCUACUGACUUUAAAAACCAUACAAAAGCUAUAGAAAUUUUUAUUAAGUGUAUGGAAAGUGCCCAGAAUGAGCAGCUUGCCAACUUGGAUUUAAUCCUGAAAUGGUUUACUCUGAGAUUCUUUGAUACAAAUCCCAGCAUGCUCAACAAGGGGCUUGAAUACCUCUCUCAACUCUUCAAGCUUCUCAUUGACAUUGAUUACAGUCUACAUGAGUUUGAGGCCAACUCUUUUAUACCAUACUUAGUGAUUAAGGUGGGCGAGAACAAGGACAAUGUGAGACGUGAAGUACGGUCAAUAUUCAAACUUCUGUACAAAGUCUAUCCCGCCAGCAAGGUGUUUGUGUUCAUUUCUGAUGGUAUCAAAUCCAAGAAUUCUAAACAGAGGACUGAAUGUUUAGAAGAACUUGGGUAUCUGAUAGAAACAUAUGGAAUCUCUAUAUGUCAACCUAGUCCACAGCAAGCUUUGAAAGCUAUUGCCGGGCAGAUCAGUGAGAGAGAUAACGGUGUGAGGAAUGCAGCUCUAAACUCUACUGUCAUAGCUUACUUGAUACUAGGAGAUAACUUAUAUAAAUAUAUUGGAACAUUGAAAGAAAAGGAAAUGAGUUAUUUGGAUGAAAGGAUUAAGCGAACAUCUAAAAGUAAACCUGCUGGAGGUCAACC